CUACAGGGAGCUGGACCAGUGUUGUCAACUUGUGGUGUCGAGAUCAGCCACUGUAAAACGAACGGCGGCUGUCAGAAGACCGCUGCCACUCCCGGAAGUUUGCGCCAAAGUUUAGCCUACAUGAGACGCUUAGAGCCGACCAGUAGCCUGUUCGGUUUAGAAAACUACAGUUUAGUAGUCCUAACUAUGGCUGUCAAACGCGCUCCGUGAAUUCUGAUGUAUCGUGGAUUUCUAUUGACUAUUCUCAGAAGAUGCCAGUGUUAUAAUCAGACGGUAUGAUGAUGGCACACUAAUGGACACAAGUAAAAGCUCUGGAGAGGCGGGUGCUGAUGAGAGCUCCAGAGAGCGCGGUGUGCUCCACCGGUGGAGGGGCUACUCCUGCAGCGUCAGCCCAGAGAGAGUGCUCCUCUCCAGGCCUGUGAUCCAGGCCGCCCUGGGCUCCUGCCAUGGCCUCCUGCUGACUGAAGGUGGCUUUGUGUACAGCUUUGGGGAGUUGCCAUGGAAACAGGGUGCAGGGUCCCACUCGACGGAGCCCCUGCAGGAGGCUUGCCUGAACGGGCGUGGCGUGGUGUCCGUGGCCUCUGGCAGCUUCCACUGCGGGGCGGUGACGCGCGACGGCUGCGUGCUGAUGUGGGGUGACAACAGCCACGGGCAGUGCGGCCUGGCAGGGCGGAGCCAAGUGCCCAGCCCGACGCCCAUCACGCUGCUGGACACGGAGGGCACCACGCCACGGCUGGUGAGGGCAAAGAGCGUGGCGUGCGGCGCCCAGCACACGCUGGCGCUGUCCGUCGGACACGAGGUGUGGGCGUGGGGCAGCGGGUGCCAGCUCGGACUGGUCUCCCAGGGCAACGCGCCCGUCUGCCGACCACAGAAGGUAGAAGACCUGGCUGGCAGGUAUGUGGUGCAGGUGGCAUGUGGGGGUUUCCACAGCCUGGCCCUGGUGCGCUCACUGCCCCCCUCCUCAGCCCGCACACUCUCCCUCGACAAGUGCGGCCGCUGUCAGCAGCUCCUCUACACCAUGGUCGACCGCGACGACCACGUCAUCAUCUCCGACAACCACUACUGUCCCCUAGGAGUGGAGAUCAACGAGGUCAAGGGGCAGGAGAGCACCCCAGAGAAACAGCAGCAGGCUCAGCAGGAGCAGCCAGGUCAAAGUUCAGAAGGUCAGGGGUCAAACGAGGUCACCCAAGAUGUCAAUCACGUAGGAUCGUCGCUGUCGUCUGAGGCCUUCUGUCCCGCAGUGGGCUCUGCUGGAGAUUCUCCGGAGGCAGGUUCUAAAGCGGGGAACGUGGUAGAACCUGAUGAGGGGAGCACACCAGCACAGACAGACACUGCCAAAGCGCCUGUGAAGAGAACCAGGAGUUCUCAGUUCCCCGACGAGCAGGAGCUGAAGAACUACCUCAAGCGCAUGUCGGAUCUGUCCCUGUCCGAGCAGACUGGCACUGCCGCCCACUCCGCUCCCUCCUCGCCCGUCAGUGACCAACCCAACACCACCCCUAUGCCAUCGCCAGGCCUCGCGCCAGCCUCCGCCCACCUUCCACCCGCCAGUCACGGCACCCAGCUCCAUCAGAGUGGAAGCCCACCAGCUGUUACAGGUGAAUCCAGUACACCUGCAACACCAAUGUGUGUGCCCCAUCCAGGUGUGACCCAACCCGUUGUCCCACUCCAUUCACCUGCCUGCCUGCCUACCUGUCCACACACUCACCUGAACCCUGCCUUCGACGAGCACCUGGCGUCCACCUGCGAUGACACCUUUGACGAGGACUCUGGUCUGGAGCGGGACCUGGACCCCCCAAACGGUCCUGGUGGUGGCGGGGGAGAGGUGGGCGUGCCGGGGCUGUGUGAGGGUCCUCGGGACCCGCUGAGCGGGCUGCUGAGGGUGGAGGUCCGGGGUCCGAGCACCAGGAGCGCCAGCCUGAUGGACGUACGGCUGGAGGAGAUCAGCAGCAGCAGCAGCAAGGCCGGACGCAGGAACUCACUACCUGGGCUCAGCUGUCAGGGUUCCCCAUUGAUGUCAAAGUGGGGCCAUCGGCGAGUUGGCUCUGCAGGAGGCAAGAAGAUGCCCGUUCCCGUGGAAACGGAACCUCUGCUGCCCUCUCUGUACACAGAGGUGUGGAGUUGGGGGCGUGGCCAGGAGGGCCAACUGGGCCAUGGGGACCGCCUACCCAGGCUGCAGCCUCUCUGUAUUAAGACGCUGAGUAAAAGGGAAGUGGUGAAGGUGGAGGCUGGGGCUCACCACUCUCUGGCCCUCACGGCACAGUGUCAGGUGUUCUCCUGGGGCAGUAAUAAAGCAGGGCAGCUGGGUCACCUGAACUCUCUGAGCACGGCUCCUCAACCUGUUAAGAUGUCGGAGGGGAUCCGUGUGUGGGAUGUGGGUGCUGGUCAAACCCACACGCUGCUGCUGGCUGAUGGAGACUGUGUCCAGCCAAUCCUCUACUACAGCGGAGAGCAGGUGGCCGAGGAUGGGCCUACGGGCACAUACACACAGACGCCUGCUCUACUGCCAUUCUGCAUGAAUAUGGGUUAUCUGAGCAAUGUAUUUGGUGGUGGUCAGACCUGCCUUGCUCUGUCAGAUCAGAACAUCAUGGGUUUCAUCUCCACUCUGCAUGAGCUCUGUGCUGCAGAGAGGAAGUUCUACUGCCACCUCAGCGCCAUCAGGAGCCAGAUACUACGCCCCCUACUGGCACGGGAGAGUGUGAAGGCGUGUCUUUGCAAGUCCUUCAUGCUCCUGCAGACCCUGGCAGGAAGUUUCAGUCGGCUCUGUCACCUGAUUGGUCAGCACUCCGUCUCCCUGACCCGCUUCCUGCAAAGAGAGAGGGAUGUGCGGAGCCUCGCCAUGCUCAAACAGACGGGCAUCUUCCUGGACACCUAUAAGGAGUACAGCAGCUCAGUGGGAAAUUUCUUGGUGAUGGGUGGCUUCCUAAGCCUGCUCAAACCCUUACAGGAGUGUUUUGGGAAGAAGCUGGAGGUUCUUCAGCAGCUGUCCGAGCCCAAAGACAAAGGUUCCUCUCCUGUCUCGAGUCCUGUUUCUAGUUCUGGUUCUGGUCCUGGUCUGCUGCAGUCCCUGCUCUACCUGCCUGUCAAACACAUGCACCAGUAUAGUCGACUUCUGCUGAAGCUGGCCACCUGCUUCCAUGUGGAGUCUGAGGAGUACUCUCUGCUGGAUGAGCGCUGCUCCCGGUUUGAGGCUAUAGCCCUGCAGCUGCUCAAACACAGGAAGGAGGCGGAGAAGACGCUGGACUUCUGGAGGAGCCUGCCCACAAAGGCCUCUGAUGCCUUGCGGACUCCGAGUCGGCGGUUGGUGUGUGAGAGCAACAAUAAAGCCCUUACCCUCCAGAACACCGGCCGCUUCUCUGUCAACCGCUUCAUCCUCUUCAACGACGCGCUUGUGUACACACAGGGCAACAUUCCGUCUAAGAAGUUUUUCUCGUCUUACCACAUCUAUCCCCUGGCCACCUUGUGGAUUGAGCCUCUAUGUGAAGAGGAUGACGGACUGUUUGGCCUGAAGUUCACCACUCCAGAGGACAGUUUUACAGCUCUGGCCUCAUCUCCUGCUGAGAAGGCCAGCUGGCUUCGCUCCAUAAACCAGGCUGUGGAGAAGCUUCUGGAAGCCGAGAUGGACGCCAAGGUCACAGGGUCAAGCCUAGGCUUGGGGUCAAGCGGGGGCCAGCGGGCAGAGCCGCGGAUGUCCCGGACGGCCACACACACCUUCGCCAAGGAGGGCCGGUACAAGGACGCGACCUACGAGGGACGCUGGCUGUGUGGCAAACCGCAUGGCAGAGGCACUAUCAGGUGGCCUGAUGGACGCGUCUACAUCGGCAUGUUCAAGCAUGGCCAGGAGGACGGGUUUGGAGACUUUGUCAUCCCCAUUAAGAACUCCCAUAAGACAGACCACUACCAGGGUCACUGCAAGGAGGGGAAGAUGCACGGCUUUGGGACCUACUGGUAUGCGUCUGGCGAGGUGUAUGAGGGCUCGUUCUGGGAGGGCCAGAGGCACGGCCACGGCAUGCUGAGCAGCGGCAAGAUGGCCUCCUCCAACUCCAGCGUCUUCGUCGGACACUGGGUCCACGACCGCAAGGCCGGAUACGGCGUGUUCGACGACAUCACCCGAGGUGAGAAGUAUAUGGGUCUGUGGAUGGACGAUCAGAAGCAAGGGCAUGGCGUUGUGGUCACCCAGUAUGGCCUCUACUAUGAGGGACAAUUCAGCUCUAACAAAAUGAUGGGCCUGGGUCUGCUGCUGGCUGAUGACGACACAACCUAUGAAGGAGACUUCUCAGAAGACUGGACCCUCAAUGGGAAGGGGGUGCUGUCUCUCCCCAAUGGUGAUAAAAUGGAGGGAGUGUUUGUGGGCCAGUGGAGCUCUGGACUGAAGAUCGCAGGCACCUACCAGAAGCCCAACCCUUAUGGGCCAGACAGAGACAGGGAGAGGAUCAGGCCAUAUAAGCUGGGUGGUAUGGCGGUGCCUGCGGAUCAGAAGUGGGCAGCUGUGUUUGAGGAGUGCUGGAGGCGACUGGGCUGUGACUCGCCCGGACGUGGACACACCGGCAGAGCCUGGGACAGCAUCGCCAUCAGCCUUACACAGAGACAGCACAGAGACAGUCCUGAGCUGCUGACACGCUCUCAGCAUAUGACCCUGGAAUGUCUGGAGGUCAUUCCCCAGCUCAAUGGCCAGUUCACCGCAGAGACCUACAACAAUGUCCGACGCUACCUCAUCAAGGCGUGUGACACGCCACUGCACCCUCUGGGCUGGCUGCUGGAGACUCUGGUGACGGUGUACCGGAUGACCUACGUAGGCGUGGGAUCAAACAGACGCCUGCUCCAACAAGCCGUUCUGGAGAUACAGUCCUACAUCGUCCGCAUCUACCAGCUGGUGAGGUUCCUCUUCCCCAGUCUCCCUGACGAUGGCACUUUUAUUCCGGAAGUUUCUGCGGCGGAGAGCCUCUGUAGUUCCACAGACUCAGGCCUGCACUCAGAGAUUCCUGAGCAGGGGUUUGUGGUGAGCUGCUGUUCUCUGCUGUUGCCUGUGCUGCUGCCGCGUCUGUACCCGCCCCUGUUCACGCUCUACUCUCUGGAGCGCGAGAGGGAGGACGAGCUCUACUGGGACUGCGUCUCCCGCCUCAACAAGCAACCCGACAGGGCUCUCAUGGGCUUCCUAGGGGUCCACCAGAAGUUCUGGCCAGUCGCCGCCAUCUCUGUUUUGGGUGAUCCUGAAAAGGUCCUGACCAGCACUAAAGACGCCUGUUACGCCACAGCUGUGGAGACCCUUCAGCAGAUAAGCACCACCUUCACCCCUGCGGACAAGCUGCUGGUGAUCCGGCACACGUUUGAGGAGAUGACCCAGGAGGCCCUGACUCUGCUGGACGAGGACUUCAGGUGGUCCAUGGACGACCUCUUCCCACUCUACCUCUAUGUGGUGUUGCGAGCCCGCAUCAGGAACCUGGGUUCAGAGGUGAGCCUGAUAGAGGACCUGAUGGACCCUCAUCUCCAGCACGGAGAAGACGGACUCAUGUUCACCACCCUCAAGGCUUGCUACAUCCAGAUCCAGCGAGAGAAGACCACAUAAGACAACAAGUCAAGAUGGCCGCCAUGGACUCAGAUCUGACCCUGUGCGCCUGGUCAGAUCCAUUUCUGAGCAAUCUGCUCACAAAGUGUUUACCCUGACCAAGACUGGUUGGUGCUGUAGUGGACUGUGUAUAGCUAUAGAACAGCUCAAACCGCUAGCAGAUAAAGGGUUGAGAUAGUCAGCACUUAGAACCCUUUACUGAGACUCUUCAAAGACUCUUCUACCGAGCUAACAGCUAACUCUUUAAAGACACCUGCUAGUCAUUGUAAGUGUGAGAGUGAAAGAGAGAGAGAGAGUGUGAGAGAGAAAGAGAGAUUAAAGGUGGUUGCAUUAGUUAACCAAGAUGUGAAACCACCUUGAACUCUUAGUAUUUCACAGUUUCAAUACACUCCAGGCCUCUAGAGACAAGAGUGUCAUCACUGUAGGCUACUCAUUAGCUAUUAGCUUUGAUCCACCAUGAUGGUGUUACUGUAACUGAAUCAGCCAAUUAAUUCAGUUACUGCCUUUGAAUAGACUGACCGUAAUGUAAAUUAAGGAGAAUAUAUGUCAUUCAUUAUCUACUGUAUGUGCAGUAUGUAUAGCCUCAGGGUUCUUUGCAUUAAUGCAGAGAGGUAUGGCAGGGAGUACAGUUAGCUAGUGUAACUGUUAGCGUUAGCCAAAUAGCGUCUGUGUGGGGGAUGAACCUAUAGAGGUCCACAAUAAGGCCUUAUCCAAGUCUUCAUUUUUACAUACCAUAACAUUGUGUGACCAAAACACUGCUUAAUUACUGCCACCAUUCUACAUGCACUCUGUUUUAUUUGCAGCCUUUUAUUCAAGUCUCCAAUCAAAUUAUUGCUUAAUGAAGGCUUGAAUGGUUCAAAUGUUGCAAAUGAAAAAGAUAACACACAGAUAUGAAAUCUUUUCUCCUUUACUUUCAAGCACCAUGUUUUUUUUUUGUAAGUAUAUUGUUUGCCUUUAUAUCAAUAGGACAGUGGAGAGAGACAGGAAGUGAAAUAGAGAUGGGUUAGGAUCAGGACAUGUCCUCAGGCCAGAAUAGCACAUGGCUCUCCAUGAGCACUGACACCCACAUGUGGCAUGGUGCUGCCGACCUGGCUCUCCAUGGGCACUGACACCCACAUGUGGCAUGGUGCUGCCGACCUGGCUCUCCAUGAGCACUGACACCCACAUAUGUGGCAUGGUGCUGCCGACCUGGCUCUCCAUGAGCACUGACACCCACAUGUGGCAUGGUGCUGCCACUUGCACCCCAGCACCUCCACCAGCACCAUGUGUGCCCCAGUUUGGCUUGGGUUGGAUGGAUGGACACACCUAUUUAAAGUUUUUUCUACUUUGCAAGUCAGAUGUGGAGUGCAAUGGCAUGUUCUAGGUCCGGCUGUUGUUAGCAGUUUGGUUAGGGUUAUGGGGUCACUUUUCAUUAUACACUUUUCAGUUUUUUGUGUAUUUUCACCCGGUCAUGGGAUUAUGAGAUGACAUUACAUAAAUAUCACUGACAUACAAGUGGUUCUUCAUAGAGAAUGAUGCAGAGAGAGGGAGGGAGAGGCUUAGUAACUUUUGGCAGUUUGUACUUACCAUAACCAAACUGCGUUCAAAGCCUACAUUACUCCAUUUGGGUACAUUGUAUCCAAGACUAGGCUUCUAGAACUCAUUUCACAUCAAUCCAGCAUUCAUACAAGACCUAUAGAUGAACAAAGCUAUGGAGUCUGGAAAAUGUCACCGUAGAAGGACAUUAUUGUGUGGUCUGUCUCAUUAAAGAGGUCUCUCCGCAUUGUGGACGGGGAUGCAGAUUACCCUCUGUAUUACAUAAGACCUGCUGAAGCACUGGUUUGCCAAAAGGGAUCCAAUUUUUAGGGUUUAAAGGGAUGUAUUUUCUACUGAAAAAAAGAAAACACUGGAAAUAUCUAAUGAUUGUCAGAAAAAAAUAACUUAUUUUUGUGAAAUGAAAACCAUUGCAAAAAAAGAAAUAGUUUUUUAUUUUUUAAAUCCUAUUUAGGGAAUGUAUCCUGCUGGGAUUUGUUGUUGUGUAAAGCUGCGGGUGAUUUCGGCUGCUUUUAAAUUAUUGUUUUAUUGGGCUUUCUCCUGGGAUUAGAAUGUGAUUGAAUUAAAAUGGCCAAUACUUUGAUGAGAGGCGAUAAUGGAGAAAAGCUGUCAUUAUAAUUCACAACAGAAUUAACCACCCAAGGUCACGACACCUUCUCGUCCUUGUACCCACCGUCCACACACAUAGAUGCAGAAAGAGUAGAGGCACUGUUUAUAGAUUGAGAAUAUAGAGCGCUAUGCUCUCAGAUCUUUGGUCACAACUUUUUGCAUAGCAGGAUACUUGCAUUCGAUUGCCUUAAUUGAUCUAAUACUGAUGGAGUGCUUGUCUAUGGGAAAAGAAACAUUAAUAUAAAUGUGCCUUGGUUCAUCUACUGUACUUCCCUCAUGUAUUUGAUAAGGAAUAUAUACAGUUGAGUGCAAAUGUUUGCAUUCAUUUCAAAGUAAGGGGGUAUGAGCUUCUGCACUCAUGUUGGUGGGAAAUGUCCAAUGUGCCAAUGAAACUGUAUCAUGUGGAGCUACUCUCCAGCUGAUUCUCACAGGCCAUCAUUUAAUUGCUGGGCAACAGUCAAGGAGCAAAGCAAUGUUUAAGGUUGGCCUUGCACAACAUAAAGCAAAUGAUCAAGGUCGGCCAUAAAACAAAUGUAAUAACUUGGUCAAAUCAUUUUUUUGCUUAACUGUGCAACAUUAUUUACUGAUUGAGUGCGAUGAGAUUGAUCCUAUGUGCAAACAUGAGUUCCUUGUCGCAUUACUCCCACGUCACAUGAUGGAUUGAGUUCAUGCACAAUAGACUUUGUCCGUUGCUCUUUGCUUUGGUCAUUGCCCGUUAAUGAAAGGGAUAUUACUGAACAGCUAUAAGAUAAGGGCUGACACUUGGAGCCCUAAUUUAGGUGUCGGGCAAGUCUAAAGUCUAUAACUAAUGCUAAUUUAACAGUUAUACAAAAUCUAUUUUGCAAAUGUAACACCAUGAGCCAGACCCCAAGCACAAGCUGUGGUGUGUCAGCUAAAAGCUGUCACACGUCACAAGUCACAUGAUGCCUUUCGUUCACAUGUUACUCAUAGACUGACUUUGCACUUUGCCUGGCAUUUAAAUUAGGGCAUUUGCACAGAUGCGGCCCAGAUUAGGCCCAGACCUUGUCAAAGACAUUAUUCUUUCUAUUAUCAGCCUUUCUCUUUGGUCAUGAGUGUGUGGAUUAAUGCUUGAGAAUGUCUUGUACAUUUCAUGUUUGUGCCGCCCCCGAGACACACUGAAACAUGGGUCUAAUAAAGCAGCCAAGAGCGUGAGCCUGCCUUCCCCAGGCUCAGAGCUAUGCCCUGGGUGCUGUCUACCUUCGGCCCUAUAUGCACUGUUACAGAUUCCUGUUCACUUUUUCCAGUCUUAACUACACAGAGGAAGAUGAUUGUGUUUUAGAUUAUACAUUAAAUCUUAUUUUAAACCAAAAUA